GUUAUUGUUCCUGUCUCGUGCAAAGAGAUCAAGCACUUCAAUUAUCAUAACGACAUGCUAAGGUGAGUUAAGGAUGGAGGACGCUUUGAAUCAUAUGCUUACGGAUCCUUUGGACUCAGGGAUGAGCAGUGACGGCCGUAUAAUGGAAGAGUGCAUGUUGGGGAACUGCAGAAUUCGGUUACCCGAGGAUUUGCUGGAGGACCCGGAGAUCUUUUUUUCCGUUCUGAGUGAGAGUACAUGGUCGGAGGUGCUGACGGAUGCUCAGAGGCAGCGACUCCGUCAGCACUUGCCUCAUUUCCCUGAGAAUAACGAAUCUGAGCAGGACCGUAUCAUCAGCGACCUCUUCAACAACCAGAACUUUUGCUUCGGAAACCCUCUCCACCUGGCACAGAAACUCUUCAGAGAUGGCUACUUCAAUCCAGAGGUGGUCAAGUACAGGCAGCUCUUUGCCAAAUCCCAGAAGAAGAGGUGCCUUUACUCUCUACAACAGUACUACCACAAAUUACUCAAACAGAUCCUCGUCUCCAGAAAGGAGUUGCUGGAUCUGGCAGUUCGCAGUGGGCCUGAGCUGAUGGCGAAGCGUCGUUAUCCGCCACCGUCACACAAAGAGCUGCAGGAGCAGCGCGUCAGACUGAGGGUUAGCCGGAUACUGCGGGAGGUGAAGAAUGAAUGUGGGGACAGUACCGCCUUGUCUGACGAAGACGAGACAGGGCCUUGGCUGCCUGCCCCGCAGUCCCCUCCCUCCCCUACACCCACCAUCUCUCUGAGGGUCCUACCCAGCCUCUCCACGCAGGACAUGAAGACCAGAGACAAAAUGGAGCUGGGAGAAAAAGAGAUGAGAGACAUGCUCAGAAGACACAGAGAGAAGAGAAAACUACAACCAGAUCACCCUGACUUGAUGACCUCUGAUCUCCACCUGGGUGACAUCAUGUCACGUGUGAACAUCGGACGGAAAGGGUCCAUGCUGGCCUUAUUUGACUUGGCUUUGCCCAAGAAGAAACUGAGAGAGGAGAAGAGGAGAAAAAAGAUGAGGCCUAUCAAAGUGGAAACAGAUGACUUCGGCGAUGCCCAGGUGCCAAAUGCCUCCGCGGCGACCGGCUUGACUGACAGCCAAGCCCCUCCCCUGCCCAGCGUUAAGGAAGAGCCAAUGGAGGAAUCUCACAACAGCCCUGACACAGUGGAGGAAAUCACCGGAAGCUUUUUCAACCUGCUCGAAGACAUCCUUCGAGUCGACUGUCUCGCCACCACGUCCACGAUAGAGGACAAAGUGCAGCAGUGGCAGGCCGCCUCUGCCAGCACGCUCAACCCCUGGUACUCACUCUCCCCCUGCUGGUCAGAGCUGGUAUUGCAGGGGCUGCAAUUUCUGUCUGGAGAGAGCAAACCUGGUGUGAUGGCUUUGCCAAGUGGCUUCACUCCUUUUGUGGAGUUCAGGGAGUUGUCCCAACAGUGGAAGUGGAUAGGUCCGAGUCAAGACGCAGAGAAGGAUUUGAGUGCGCUCUGUCAACUCUGGCUGGAGUCCAAAGACCAUGUGGUAGUCAAGCAGGAAGGUGAGGAACCGGCCGAGCUAACCCCUCCUACACCCAGAGUCUGGACAGAUUACGUGGUUAGACCCAGCACUGGAGAGGAGAGACACGUCUUUCAGGAGCAGGAGCAGCAGCGUUAUGAUCAGCCUCAUAAAGCCUUCACUUACCGCAUGCAUGGCUUUGAGUCGGUGGUGGGGCCCGUAAAAGGUGUUUUUGACAAGGAGACGUCACUGAACAAGGCCCGUGAACACUCACUGCUACGAUCCGACCGUCCACCUUAUGUCACCAUCCUGUCCCUGGUGCGGGAUGCAGCUGCAAGGUUACCCAAUGGAGAAGGGACCAGAGCUGAGAUCUGUGAGCUACUCAAGGACUCCCAGUUCCUGGCCUCUGAUGUUACAAGUGCUCAGGUGAACACGGUGGUGAGCGGGGCGCUGGACCGGCUCCACUACGAGAAAGACCCCUGCGUCAAAUACGACAUCGGUCGCAAGCUGUGGAUAUACCUGCAUCGGGACCGCAGCCAGGAGGAGUUUGAGAGGAUCCACCAGGCCCAGGCAGCUGCAGCCAAGGCCAGGAAAGCCCUCCAGCAGAAACCCAAACCCUCACCCAAACCUAAGUCUGGUAACAAAGAGGCAGGUGGAAAGACCUCUGGUGGAGGGGAGUCAGGCCAGGGUACUGGGAAUGAAGGUGUGGCUACUUCUGCCUCCACCACUUUACCGCAAACGCCCAUCACCCCAACACCAAGCACCCCGGGUACCCCCAAAUCACCUCUGGCCCCAACAGUCACCACUCCCACCAAAGCAGGGCUGCCUGACCCUGUCAAAUCCAACCCAAGUAUCUUGCUGGUUUCACCUCCCUCCAUGCCUCAGCUCGGUGCUCUGUCCGCCGGGCAGUCCGCCCCUCAGGCCUGCCAAUCUGCCUCUGUCACUACGGCAGCCAGGGCGGUGGCCCACUCCACAUCCGGGUCUCUGCCUCAGGUACGUGUGGUCACAUCCCAGCCCCCCGCCCAGCAGACCGCCCUCCUGCAGCAGAGCCCGCAGCAUAUCAGAGUCCCCGUUACCAUGGCCCACGCCAAGAGCCUCACUCAGGCAGUGGUAACGCUUCCACUGAGGGCCCAGUCUGUUGGAAGCCCAAUCCAGGUUCAGGCCACCAGAGGUCAAACGGGUCUCACCGUUUCCAGCCUGGGCUCUGCUGUGACGGUCACCAAAGCUCAGACCAGUCCUGCCACCCCAGGCAGCCCCGCACACACCCCACCCUCCCAGGCAGUGGUACAGGGAGUCUCCAGCCCAAGCAUCAUCAAACAGGUUGCCAUAACUGGUCAGUUGGGGGUGAAGGCCCAGGGUGGGGCGGGUAUCCCGUUGACCGCCACUAAUCUUCGCAUCCAGGGCAAAGACGUUCUGCGUUUACCCCCAUCUUCCAUCACCACAGAUGCCAAAGGCCAAACUGUACUGCGAAUCACGCCCGACAUGAUGGCUACCCUAACCAAAUCGCCCGUGGCAACCGUCAAACUCACGCCAGACAUGCUGGGCGCGGCUACCACUGGCGCCACGGGCACCAAGAGCAUCUCUGCCACGCUGCACGUGACCCCUCCCCAUCCCUCUCUACCCACAUCGUCCAACCCUGCCGUUUCCGCCAUCGUCACGGAGACCAAGGCCACGUCUUCGUUGGGUACAGCCAUGGGCACCGCCGCCACCCUGGUGAAGGUUCAACCCGAGCUAAAGGCAGCGUGCGAUACGACCAUACGGCUAAUGCCAGCUUUGGCGGUUACCGUGGCCGACCCGAAAGCUCGCUCUUUCUCCACCGUCACCUCCACUGACUCUAAAGCGGGCACCACCAUCCGUAUCAUGCCUGGGUUGGGGGUGAUACCGCAGAAACAGGGCCAGGCGGUCACCACCGCCGCGGCUGCCACCACCACCAAACCCGCCACAGCCUCCUCGGGAGCCGCCACUGUUACCAUAGCGACCAGCGGCGUGGUGGGGGCCAAAGGCGUGACGAUCAGACCCCCUGCCGCCGGCUCAGCCAUCACACUGGGCACAGGAGCCACCACUGUUAGACAAGUGCCAGUCAGCGCCACUGUGGUGGCCUCACAGCCGGGAAAAUUACCGGCCAGGAUCACUGUUCCUCUCUCUGUCCUAAGUCAGCCGCUGAAAAACAAAAGCGUGGUCACUACACCCAUUCUGAAGGGGAACAUUGGCACAAAUAUCAGUAGUCUGGGCAGAAACAUUAUUCUCACUACCAUGCCAGCAGGCACCAAACUCAUUGCUGGGAACAAGCCUGUUAGCUUUGUGACCGCUCAGCAGCUCCAGCAGCUCCAACAGCAAGGCCAGGCCACACAGGUUCGAAUCCAGACUGUCCCAGCUCAGCAGCUGCAGCAGCGUACCACGGCUAGCUCCCCAAAAUCAGUGUCCACUGUGGUAGUCACCACUGCCCCCUCACCGAAAAGAACACCUGACCCCCAGUGA